UGCAGCUAGACAAUAAAAGGGGAAACCCAGAAUGAACGGCAUCAUUUGUUUGCAGAAGCUUCUUUUUGUAAGUUCAAUAUUUGGGUUCCGCGAUAAAAUGAGUUCCGCUAAGCAUUUUCAAGAAAUUCUUGAGAAACUCUCUAUUCCUGAUAAUAAAAAGGCUAUGUAUACCGAGGACUCUGAAGAAAUUCAAAACUACGUAAUUGACGAACUUAAACGGGUUGACAAUACCUUUCGGCAGGUGUUUAAUGGACUCAGUCUAGGCGGAAGUUACUUGGAUCGCGUCAAGCUUAACGUGCCCGAUGAAUUUGAUCUGCACAUGAAAUUAAAAUUCCCAUUUCAUAUCCAACCGAUACCGAGCGACAAGGGGUUUGUCUUUUUGGAGGGUAAUUUCCAAGUAAUCCAUCCCCAACUCAUCCAUCGUAUUCAUCUUCAAAACUGGCUCCGCGAAGCAUUCCACAAGGUAUUUAGAUCGGAUAAGGAAUUUGCUACUACCAGUGGACGAGUCUACAAACUGAGCUACACUCUUGAAGGGUAUGGUUGUGCCCACACUGUUUUAGCCGACUGUGGUAGUCAAUCGAUAUCUUUUGAUUUGGUACCGGCAUUCGAAUUCACUGGAAGCCAAUGGCCGUUUGCUGUUUGCCCGGUUCCUGCUGAGGUCCGCCAAAACUGGCCUUGGUUCGCCAUUCCGCAACAGAAGAAGAAGUCGGCUAAACCGAAAAGCUCAUUCAUGGUUUGUGCACCACAUUGGGAGCGCGAAAUUAUGAAGGGCACGGAUAAUUUGAAGAACGUUCUUCGGCUGAUGAAAGGAUUGCGGGACGCCCACGUCAAUAACUUGCCUCACUUGUCCAGCUACAUGUUGAAGACAGUCUUGCUUCAUCGAAUUGAAAGUGCUGACUGGGAAAGGGACUUAGGCACCCUUUUGGUUGAGAUGUGGAGUCAUUUGGUGGAUCAUCUACGAGCUCGGAGACUGGAGUUCUUUUUGGCAAGGGAUCACAAUGUGAUCAAUCGUAUGAAUCAAGGGGAAAUCAAAAAUUGUUUAAAAUUCGCAGAGAUUUUGCUACAAAAUCUUCGUUAUGCUCAGACAAGUGGCUCCUAUCAAUACUUGGCCAAACUAUUCAAAAUUCAAAAUUAAAUGGAAUUUAAUUUCAUAACAAUACCCUUUUCAUUUGCUGAUAAGAAAAAAGUGAACUUGCUAAAAUUUUGUGCAAUUCCAAGGGCAUAUAAAUGUUUACAUCCGAUGUUGAAUAAGCAAAUAUCUUGCUGAAUAAGAAAACUUGAGUGCAUGGAAAAAAUGUUUGUUUAGAUUGUGUUUAAAAAUGAAGCUAUGAAAGUAAUGUAAGCAGAUACAGCUAUGUGAGUUAAAUAUCUUAUGGAGAGACAACUGAAA